ACAGCCACAGCCACAGCCUCAGCCACAGCCACAGCUUCAGAGACGGCCUCAGCCACAGCUUCAGAGACGGCCUCAGCCACAGCUUCAGUCACGGCCUCAGCCACAGCUUCAGCCCCGGCCUCUACCUCAGCUUCAGUCCCGGCCUCUACCUAAGCCAAAUAGCCUGUCAUCUGAUGAUAGCGCAGCGAGGAAGACUCUUGUCAUCAUACCCCCAGCACUGCAUUCACAGCCCGUUCUGGCAGCUGUGAGCCAGACAGCAAGAAAUCCAACUGUUGAGACGAACUGUACCAGGCCCCAGGCCCAAUCCCAGCUCCACCCGGAGUCCCAGCAUGCACCUCAGCAAACUGUUGAGGGUUCUAAUGAUGAAGCAGUGAAAAAGAAACCUGCAACUACAGUUCCAGUAGUUUGGUCUGCAGAUUCAGUUAAGGCAGCUGUGAGCCAGACAGGACGAAAUCUAGCUGUUGAGGCAAGCUGUAGCAGGCCACAGCCCCAAUCCCAGCUCAAUCCGGUGUCCCAGCAUGCACCUCAGCCAACUGUUCAGGCUUCUAAUAAUGAAGCAGUGAAGAAGAAACCUGCAACUACAGUCCCAGUAGUUUGGUCUGCAGAUUCAGUUAAGGCAGCUGUGAGCCAGACAGCACGAAAUCCAGCUGUGGAUAUGUGCUGUAGCAGGCCACAGCCCCAAUCCCAGCUCCACCUGGAGUCCCAGCAUGCACCUCAACCAACUGUUCAGACUACUGAUGAUGAAGCAGCUGGCAAGAAACCUGCAACUACCAUUCCAGUAGUUUGGUCUGCAGAUUCAGUUAAGUCUGCCAUCUGUAGUCUGAAACCUGGGUCUCAGCCCCAGCCUCUACCUCAGCCUACGGCCCUGUCGUCUGAUGACGGAGCAGUGAGGAAGACUCUUGUUACCAUGGCCCCAGCAGUACCGCAUUCACAGCCAGUUCUGUCGGCCUUAACAAUCCAGGAAUGUGUGACCAGGCUGGUCCAGACUGAUCAGCUUCAGAUGCAACCUACUGUCCAGACUUCUGCUGGCGGAGCCCCCGCCCUGAAUUUACAACCACUGCUGAUUCAACUGGAUGGCAGCUAUACCACGACACAACCUGGUCAAAGCACACCGUCGCCUCUCCCUGCAACAACUAAAGCCGGGUCGUCGGGACGUGGUGCACCAACACCGUCUGCAAGCACAAAACCUCCAAUGAAAAAGCAAUCAAAGGUCACCAUAAGAACAGCAAAAUCCCUAAAAAGUCGGAUUGUCUGUGGACCCAUGGAGAGGGUACUCCACCACAUUGUUCAAGGAACUCUGCACAGAAUCCCACACGCACUUCUGUCUGUCCCUGGAAUGUUUGAUUUUAUGGUCCACGAGAUGACUAAUAUUAUCAGAAACGAGUGCAAGAAGCUAACAAGCCGGAAAUUCACAUCUAUUCUCCGACGGACCAGCAUCGAAGACCUAAAGAACUUUAAAUGGAUGAAUGUUGUUGAAGAGUGGAGGACAAACGCACCGACCUUUCUCAAGUUUUUACAGUCUUGCGAGCACUGUCUCCAUUGA